UCAAUUAUAGAUAUAUGUAAAAACCAAGAGAUAGAAACAUUAGUCAAUACAUUUAUUUCCUAUCGUUAUAAAAGAUAAGAGAGAGAGGGAGAUCAAAAAGUUGCAGUCUUUCUACUUCUCUCCUUUUCUCUCUCUCCAUCUUUUGCAUUUGGAAGUCAAGUCCUUUUUGCUUGCUACUCGUUGUUUCUUUAUAUGUGUGCGCGUGUGGUGUAGGAGGAGGAGAAGGAAAAGAGAUAUUUUUUUUUGGGUGUUUAAGGUGAUACGAAGAGGUUCCUAUCAAUCACAGGCUGGUUUUGCCUCGACAAUCGCCACCGGCUUACCCUGGACGAUUUUCGAGAUUCUAUUUCCAAUAUAGCGACACCUUUCUGUCCAAAACCCAGAUGGUGAAAUGCCCCUCUUCUUUAUACGAUUUGAUCUUUUCUCCUCUUCAUCAAAUUGCUGCUGCCUUUCAUUGACGACCACAACGAGGGCUUACUUUCUUCAAUCACUACCUCUUGUUUCCAAUAAUGGGUAUCAUUUUCUUGCUUAAUAAUAUCAGCUCAGAAUCAACCAACCCUGUUUUGAAGGCAAUUCAAGGCCUGCCCACGUUGGAACUCGCCUCCAUUUGUGUGAAUUUGACACUUUUUAUCGUGUAUCUCUUCCUUAUCUCUGCAAGGCAGAUAUUUGUCUGUGCUGGCAGAGUUAGAAUCCUUAAGGAUGAUUCUACAGUUCCCAAUCCGACUCCAAUUCGAAGGUCUAUUGUAGACGGAGAGAUUCGUGAUGUUAUAAUCGGUACGGGUUUUAAGUUGUGUCUGUUUUGUUGUUUCUAUGUUUUGCUCUUGCAAUUCUUGGUGCUGGGGUUUGAUGGAGUUGCUCUGAUUAGAGAGGCUGUUAAGGGGAAAGAUGUGGAUUUGUCUGAGAUUUGUGUACCUGCUGCACAAGGUUUGGCUUGGUUUGUCUUGAGCUUUUCAGCUCUUCAAUGUAAAUUUAAGCUGUCUGAGAAAUUUCCUGUCUUGUUGAGGGUGUGGUGGUUUUUCUCAUUUUUGAUUUGUUUGUGUACUUUGUAUGUUGACGGGAGCAGUUUUUUUACUGAAGGAUCAAAGCAUUUGAGUUCUCAUGUUGUGGCGAAUUUUGCUGCAACCCCAGCUCUUGCUUUUCUAUGUUUUGUUGCAUUUAGUGGUGUUACUGGUAUACAAGUUUGUAGGAACUCUGAUCUUCAGGAGCCAUUGCUUCUUGAAGAAGAGGCAGGGUGUCUUAAGGUCACUCCUUAUAGCGAUGCUGGGCUAUUCAGCUUAGUAACCCUUUCUUGGUUAAACCCCCUUCUUUCUAUUGGCGCAAAGAGACCGCUAGAGCUUAAGGACAUUCCUCUUCUUGCACCGAAAGAUCGUGCCAAGACAAACUAUAAGAUUUUGAAUUCAAAUUGGGAAAGAAGAAAAGCUGAAAAUCCUUCCAAGCAACCGUCUUUAGCUUGGGCAAUUCUGAAGUCAUUCUGGAAGGAAGCAGCUUGCAAUGCCAUCUUUGCCUUGUUGAACACAUUUGUUUCAUACGUUGGUCCGUACAUGAUUAGCUAUUUUGUUGAUUAUCUGGGGGGUAACGAGACUUUCCCUCACGAGGGCUAUAUUCUUGCUGGGAUAUUCUUCUCAGCCAAGCUUGUGGAGACGUUAACGACCCGGCAAUGGUAUCUUGGGGUUGACAUCUUGGGUAUGCAAGUGAGGUCAGCUUUAACAGCAAUGGUGUACCGAAAGGGACUGAAGUUGUCGAGCUUGGCCAAGCAAAAUCACACCAGUGGAGAGGUUGUUAACUACAUGGCAAUUGAUGUCCAAAGAGUAGGGGAUUACUCUUGGUAUCUCCAUGAUAUAUGGAUGCUUCCCCUGCAAAUAGUUCUCGCUCUUGCAAUUUUGUAUAAGAAUGUUGGAAUUGCUUCCUUUGCAACUUUGAUUGCCACCAUUAUCUCCAUUGUUAUCACAAUCCCCGUGGCUAGGAUACAAGAAGAUUAUCAAGACAAAUUGAUGGCUGCCAAGGAUGAAAGGAUGAGGAAAACAUCAGAGUGCCUCAGGAACAUGAGGAUUCUGAAGUUGCAGGCUUGGGAGGACAGGUAUAGAGUAAAAUUGGAGGAGAUGCGAGGUGUGGAGUUCCGGUGGCUUCGGAGAGCCCUCUAUUCACAAGCUUUUAUUACCUUCAUUUUCUGGAGCUCUCCCAUAUUUGUCUCAGCUGUCACUUUUGGUACUUCUAUAUUGUUAGGUGAUCAGCUCACAGCGGGAGGUGUUCUUUCUGCUUUGGCCACCUUCAGAAUACUACAAGAGCCACUGAGGAAUUUCCCUGACUUGGUGUCGAUGAUGGCCCAGACUAAAGUUUCUCUUGAUAGAAUUUCCGGAUUCCUGCAGGAGGAAGAGUUGCAGGAAGAUGCAACCAUUGUUCUGCCUCGAAGCAUUACAAACCUGGCCAUAGAAAUUAAAGAUGCUGUAUUUUGCUGGGAUCCUUCUUCUUCUUCAAGGCCCACACUAUCAGGGAUACAAAUGAAAGUCGAGAGGGGGAUGCGGGUAGCUGUUUGUGGCGUGGUUGGUUCUGGUAAAUCAAGCUUUCUCUCCUGCAUCCUUGGCGAGAUUCCCAAAAUCUCUGGCGAAGUGAGAAUUUGUGGCACCGCUGCUUAUGUCUCACAGUCAGCAUGGAUACAAUCUGGAAAUAUUGAAGAAAAUAUUAUAUUCGGAAGUCCAAUGGAUAAAGCAAAGUAUAAAAACGUAAUCAAUGCCUGUUCUCUGAAAAAGGAUUUGGAACUCUUCUCACAUGGUGAUCAGACAAUUAUUGGUGAUAGAGGUAUAAACUUGAGCGGUGGCCAGAAGCAGCGGGUUCAACUAGCAAGAGCAUUAUAUCAAGAUGCAGACAUUUAUUUGCUUGAUGAUCCCUUCAGUGCUGUUGAUGCGCAUACUGGUUCAGAGUUGUUCAAGGAAUACAUAUUGACAGCAUUAGCAAGUAAGACUGUGGUUUUUGUAACCCAUCAGGUUGAAUUUCUGCCCGCCGCCGAUUUAAUUCUGGUUCUCAAGGAAGGCCGCAUAAUACAGGCGGGGAAAUAUGAUGAACUUUUGCAAGCAGGAACUGACUUUAACACCUUAGUCUCAGCUCACAAUGAAGCAAUUGGGGCUAUGGAUAUUCUAAAUCACUCAUCAGAUGAAUCAGAUGAAAAUUUGUUGUUGGAUGGAUCUGCCACACUACAUAAAAAAUGCAAUGCGGCAGAAUGUAGUAUCGAAUGCUUAGCAAAGGAAGUGCAAGAGAGUGCAUCAGCUUCAGAUCAGAAAGCAAUCAAAGAGAAAAAGAAAGGAAAACGUUCAAGGAAAAAGCAGCUUGUUCAGGAAGAGGAAAGAGUAAGAGGAAGAGUCAGCAUGAAGGUUUACUUGUCCUAUAUGGCUGCAGCAUAUAAAGGCUUAUUGAUUCCACUCAUAAUCCUUGCACAAGCUUUAUUUCAGUUUCUUCAAAUAGCUAGUAAUUGGUGGAUGGCCUGGGCAAAUCCCCAAAUGGAAGGAGGCCAGCCUAGAGUGAGCCCUAUGGUCCUUCUUGGUGUUUAUAUGGCCCUUGCUUUUGGGAGCUCGUGGUUUAUAUUUGUCAGGGCUGUUCUGGUUGCUACAUUUGGUUUAGCAGCAGCUCAGAAAUUGUUUCUGAAGAUGCUUAGGAGUGUAUUCCGAGCACCAAUGUCUUUUUUUGACUCUACUCCAGCUGGACGGAUCUUGAAUCGUGUGUCAAUUGAUCAAAGUGUAGUGGAUCUUGAUAUUCCUUUCAGGCUUGGUGGAUUUGCUUCAACUACCAUACAGCUUUUUGGGAUUGUUGGUGUAAUGACCAAAGUCACCUGGCAAGUUUUGCUGCUUGUUGUUCCAAUGGCUGUUGCUUGCUUCUGGAUGCAGAAAUACUACAUGGCUUCAUCAAGGGAACUGGUCCGUAUUGUUAGCAUCCAGAAAUCUCCAAUCAUCCAUCUUUUUGGUGAGACAAUUGCAGGAGCAGCCACAAUAAGGGGCUUUGGGCAAGAGAAAAGGUUCAUGAAGAGGAAUCUGUAUCUUCUUGAUUGUUUUGCUCGUCCAUUCUUUUGCAGUCUUGCUGCUAUUGAGUGGCUCUGCCUACGCAUGGAAUUGCUUUCAACCUUUGUAUUUGCUUUCUGCAUGGUUUUACUUGUUAGCUUUCCCCAGGGAAGUAUUGAUCCAAGCAUGGCGGGGCUUGCUGUGACAUAUGGCCUUAAUUUAAAUGCACGCUUAUCACGGUGGAUACUUAGCUUUUGCAAGCUUGAAAAUAAAAUUAUUUCCAUUGAAAGGAUCUAUCAGUAUAGCCAACUUCCUGGUGAAGCCCCACCAGUUAUAGAGGAUUCUCGCCCUCCAUCCUCAUGGCCAGAGAAUGGAACAAUUGAUCUGAUCGAUUUAAAGGUUCGUUAUGGUGAGAAUCUUCCUAUGGUGCUUCAUGGGAUAUCCUGUACUUUUCCUGGUGGGAACAAAAUUGGAAUUGUGGGACGAACUGGAAGUGGUAAAUCUACACUGAUACAAGCAUUAUUUCGGUUAAUUGAACCAGCUAGUGGGAGGAUCAUUAUAGACAACAUUGAUAUUUCUUCAAUUGGCCUCCAUGAUCUUCGUAGCCGCCUGAGUAUCAUACCCCAGGAUCCUACUUUAUUCGAAGGGACCAUUAGGGGAAACCUUGAUCCCCUUGAAGAACAUUCAGAUCAGGAAAUUUGGCAGGCUCUCGAUAAGUCUCAACUAGGACAGAUAGUCCGACAGAAAGAGCUAAAGCUUGACUCACUAGUUGUGGAAAAUGGAGAUAACUGGAGUGUGGGACAGCGGCAACUUGUUGCCCUGGGUCGUGCUUUGCUUAAGCAGGCAAGAAUUCUGGUGCUUGAUGAAGCGACAGCAUCUGUUGAUACAGCUACUGAUAAUCUCAUUCAAAAGAUUAUCCGGACAGAGUUUAAGAAUUGCACGGUGUGCACAAUUGCACAUCGCAUCCCAACUGUCAUUGACAGUGACCUUGUUUUGGUUCUCAGUGAUGGUCUAGUUGCAGAGUUUGAUACUCCAACACGGCUGUUAGAGGAUAAAUCAUCCAUGUUUCUAAAGCUGGUAACAGAGUAUUCUUCAAGGUCAAGUGGCAUACCGGAAUUUUGAACUGGAUGGCAUGCCCAAAACCUCCAGGUGAGAGUCAGCAAGAGCAGGCCAAGGGUUCCAAAAUAAAGUGGCUGGUGCUGCUUUCCUUGCAGCUGUUGCAUUCAGCAAACUGGAAGACAAAUGGGAAGGCUGAAGUCACAGGUGUAGGUGCUUGCACCAAGUCCCUUUAGGAAUAAGUAAUUUAUCAUGGCAAGGCAAUUCACUACCCUCGAGCAUGCAUCGCUAUCAUAUUUUGUAACAGAGAAUUAAGUUUAUUAGUUGGGAAGGGGCAAUUGAAAGUUGGCAAUAAUUACAAGAGAGAAAGAGAACAAAUAAGAGGGAACAGUUGUAUUUGUUCAAUGAUGUCCAUAAGUAGGGUUUGUAUUUCAAAAUCAUUAGAGCUGAACUAGUCACAUGCCAAUCCCCACUCAUUCCACCCUGAUCCAGUGUUGUUGGGGUAGUAGAGAAACUCUUUGAUGCUAAGAAAUUUUGUCCGCCAGUUUCUCCUUGAAUCCUC